AUGGGACAUGAAAAUGUCACAGAAUUUAUCCUCCUGGGACUGUUUAGUGAUAUGGAUGCAAAAGUGACCUGCUUUGUGGUUUUCUUACUUUGCUAUUUUGCAAUCCUCUCUGGAAACCUGGUCAUUCUUAUCACCAUCAGGGGCAGCCGCCUCAGUGAGCAGCCCAUGUACUUUUUCCUCAGCUAUCUGUCCCUCCUGGACGUCUGCUUCACCACCACCACGGGCCCCAAACUGAUCACAGACUUACUGGCCCAGAGGAAGGCCAUCUCCUUCAACAGCUGCAUGGCUCAGCUGUUUUACGCUCACUUCUUUGGUGGCACAGAAAUCUGCAUCCUGGUGGCCAUGGCCUAUGACCGCUAUGCGGCCAUCUGCAGACCCCUUCACUACAUGGUCAUCAUGAGCCGUCAGGUGUGUUAUAUCAUCAUAGUGGUCUCUGUCAUUGCAGCAUUUUUUCAUUCUAUCAUGCAAGUAUUGGUAGUUAUGGAACUUCCCUUCUGUGGCCCCAACCAGAUAGAUCACUACUUCUGUGAUGUUUUCCCCUUGUUGAAGCUGGCCUGUAUGGACACCCAUGUGUGGGUUAUUUCCAUCAUUACCACCACAGGAGUGCUGUCCAUUUUGACUUUUGUUGCCUUGCUGAUUUCCUACAUCAUCAUCCUGUCCAGCCUGAGGGCCCACUCGUCACAGGGUCGUCGCAAAGCCUUCUCCACCUGCGGCUCGCACAUCACCGUGGUGCUCAUGUUCUUCCUGCCCCUCAUCUUCACCUAUGUGCCUACGGCAGAUUCUGUGAGCAACGACAAGGUGUUCGCCCUGUUUUACACGAUGAUUGCACCCAUGUUCAACCCCCUGAUCUACACGCUGAGGAACACUGACAUGAAGAACGCCAUGAGGAAAGUGUGGUGCCGAGACAAGCAUCUUGAUGGGAAGUGA